AUGUAUCCACCUCGUUUUUUGCGUUUUAUAUUCUCUCUCUUCAUUAACACCCUCGCUUUAAUUCGCUCUCAUUAUUUAUGCAUAUCUAUCUAUCUAUCUAUCUAUCUAUCUAUCUAUCUAUACACACUAAUGAAACGAAAAAGUAGAAAUAUCUAUCUCUCUGUCUAUCUAUGUAUGUAUGUAUGUAUCUAUCUAUCUAUCUACGUAUGUAUGUAUGUAUCUAUCUAUCUACAUUUCCUUACAAACCCUGUAGAUUAUUUUACUACUUUCGUUCAAACGUUCGUGAUAUUUCUUUCUUCCCAGCUCUUUACAUAUUUCAUUCCCAUUCCCUUUUUUGACGGAAUUUAUUCUCUCUUCGCUUUCCUCUUCGCUUUUUCCGCCCUUAUUUUUUUUUGUUUUUUUUCGCCUCUCUUUAUUCAUCCUUGCCAUUUUAUUUUAUCUCACGUUUGUUCUCUCUUUUUUUCUAUUCUAUUCGUAAUACUGUUGUUUAUCUAUUAUGUUUCAUUUCGUCUUCCCCAUGCAUUUUCCCCUUCCUCUCUUUUUGUGGCCUUCCAAGUUGCUUGUCUUCUUUCUUUUGCGUAUGUGGCAUUUAUCAUUAGCAAUUAG